GUCAGUCUCACGCGUCUCCGACACACCACUCGGCUUACCGGCGACGGGACACGAGCAAAAAAAUGAAGUUCGAAAUGGAAGUGUGUGGUACAGAUGCGGAGAGAGGGCUGAUGGAGGACGAUUGCAGAGACUGCCUGGGCUGCGUUUCAAGCCCUAGGUUUGUCUUCUGGCCGCCUAAGGGCUUUCCUUCAUUCCCUUUUCGUUACAUACUCUACCUAAUGGCAGGUAGUAUACUUGCUCUAAUAGGAAUAACAACUUUAAUUUGGAAUCCAGUGGAUCUCUUGCUAAGCGAGAGAUUAAAAAUGGUUCCUGGAUUACCUCCAUAUGAAUGGUGGAAGACACCUCCUGACGUAGUCUUGCUGAAAGCUUAUGUAUGGAAUAUAACAAAUAGUGAGGAAUUUCUUCGAGGAGAGACGACUAAACUUAGGGUACAAGAGGUUGGACCAUAUAUUUUCAGAGAGAAGUUUACCCACACCAACGUUGUAUUUCACAAAAAUGGUACAUUGACCUAUGUAGCAAGCAGAACAGCAGUUUUUCAACCAGAGAUGAACACGCUUAAUUUGAAUGACACAAUCAUAGUUGCUAAUGUAGCAGCUCUGGGAAUACCAUCAUAUUUAUGGGAUGCUUCAUUUUUUACGAGACAGGGCAUCACGUUUUUGAUGAAUCGUCUCGGAUCCAAACCGUUCGUAAAAUUAACAGUUGAUGAUUACUUCUGGAACUUCACAGAUCCCUUAUUGAAACUUAGUAACAACCUUUUACCCUUUUUAGUACCAACAGAUAAUGUGGGCAUCUUGCAUCAGGUAUACCAUGACUUUGUGGAUGACGUAACUGUUCAUAUUGGACCGGAGAGUGGUCCGAAAAGAAAUUUUUUUGAAAUAAAUAGAUGGAGAGGUGGUCCUGGACUAGGUGUUUGGGAAAAUAAGACAUGCGAUUCGGUUGAAGGGUCUUCAGAAGGUGUUCAUUACCAUCAGGACUUCAGGCGAAACGAUACUCUUCGAUAUCUAAGAAAAACUAUCUGUAGAGCUGUAUCUCUAUACUAUACAAGGGACAUUGAACGGUACGGUAUGACAGCAUAUAGGUACGAGUUACCCAACAAUACUUAUUCAAGACCUGAGAACCCUAACGAAGAGUGCUACAGAGCGAAAAGGUACCCUCUACUGCCGUCAGGAAUCUCCGAUGUCUCACCAUGCUAUUUUAGCCUGCCCAUAGUCAGUUCAUUUCCACAUUUCAUGUUUGCUGAUCCUCAAAUAACGGACAGACUUGAAGGACUAACUCCUGAUUAUGAGAAGCAUGGAUCUGUAGCAACGGUCGAACCUAUGACUGGCAUUCCACUCAUUGCUUGGGCCAGAAGUCAGUGCAGUCUUUACAUUCACAACAUGAAAGGAUUUCCGAGGCUUAAAAAAUUCAGCAACAUGGCUAUACCCAUGUUUUGGCUAGAAUAUAAACAAGAGGGACUACCUUCUUAUAUCUCAAAUCUCAUGUACAUAGUGGUGGUUAUCCUACCGGCAAGUCAGUUCUACAUAAGCUUAGGCAUGAUAGCUCUGUCUUUUUUUAUAUUUUCUUAUAUAUCAUCAAAAAUAUUCAAUAUGUGCUUAAUUAGUAAAAAAGGUUUUUAUAAAUCAAUGAAUGUGGUCGUGGUAAAAUCAAAGCCUAUGUCAUGAAGUUAGUAUGAUGUACAAGCUAUUUCAAGUGUAAAUACUACUGGAAGAUUGAAAUGUGAAAGCAAUACACCAUUUUCAGAACAUAAAAAUUGGGUCCCUUCUCAUACUAAUUUUUGGCACUAGAAAUAAAAUAUCAAUUGCAAUUCAAUAUUGCAUUAUAAAUUUAAGAAGAAGAAUUUGGCAGUUUAACAUUAGAUGUACAGAAAAUGUAUAUACAUAUACUUCUUGAAAGCCACCAUAUGACUAGUAAUGGAAAUCAAAAUUAUGUUUUAAAAGAUACGUUUUGGCUUGGAAUUUCGAGGCUUCCAUUUUAAUCCUGAGCUUAAAUUCGAGUGCUAUAAUUUAGAAUUUAAAUAGGAGAAUUGGAAUAAAUAAUUUGAAACCAUUCAAAUUAAUGGACUAGAUAAACCUAGUAUUACACAAAUACUUUUGAGAUAAUGUGUAAAUCAAGUAAUUUAAAGAAAAAGUAUGAGAAGAAUUUAUUUAUUUAUAUUUUAUAUUUUGGGGAGAGGAGAGAGAUAUUGUUCACCUCUUUAUUCAUACCAACUAAAAAUCUAAACAUAGGAUAUGUUUUUUAUUUAUUUAAAAUAUAACUUAGGAGCCUCUUUAUUGUAUGAGACUGGACCCGAUGUUGCAUCAUCGAUGAUAAGAGUUCAAUUUCAACUGUAAUGAUAAGUUCCUCAGUUCGAAAAAAAAGAAAGCAGUGUGUGGUUUUGUAAAUAGUUGUUUUGUAUUUUUAAAUUUAUUUUAGUAAUUAAGAAUUAGUGACUGUGAUUAUUAGGUUAAUAUUGAUAUAUUAACAUGCCAAAAUAAGUAGAUUAGAAAUUAAAAAAAAAAAAGAUCAAAGACUUAGAAUGAAUUAGAAUAGAAGGAAAUAAUUUAAAAGAUUAUUUUCUAACUAGUAAAUGAAUGAAAAAUAAAAUCUUUACAUAGCGAAAUGUUUAAAGGAAAUGCCAUUUUAGAAUAUAAGAAUAUAUUAUAUUUAAAAGACAAAAUCGUGCAAGUACUAUGAUAAAAAAAUAAAUCUAUCAGCUAUAGAAUUUAGAUUCAUUACAAAAAAAUUCUUUAAUUUCUAAAAAUUUCACAAGAGCAUCAAAUUGUUUUCUGUUUCCAAUAUUUUAAUAUAAAAAGUAUUUGAAAACAACUUGUAAGCCUUUUAUAGAUUAUAUUGUGAACAAAUUUACAGUAGCUGGUGUCAAAAUAUUAAAAACAAAUUAUUUGUUUUAAAUUUUCAAACUCGUUAAGAAGAAUUUAAUAAUAAUUUUCAGUUAUCAGUUUGUCUCUCAUUACAAUGAAGAAUACAGUGAAUAAUUUUAAUUUCCCUUAAACAUGAAGAUAAUUAAAAACAAACCUCUAAAUAUUGAUAGACUGAAUUUUUGUUAAACAAAUACAUACAGAAGGGAAAGGGAUGUUAAAAGUAAGUUGCAUUAUCUGUUACUUUGUAAAAAAAA